GAUUCUUCCACCGAUGUAAUAGCAGUCGACAGACUAUGUUUGCUGGUGGUCUAGCACUAGUAGCAGCGAUAUUACAAUGUAAUGUCAUUGCGAAGUCUACAACACAAUUGUUGACUUACACACACACGUAGUAACUGUUGCACGUGCACUUGCCCUCAACUGGUCCAAGAAGAUGAAGUAAGACGAGAGUAAAUCAGUUGAGAGUCUGCCUCGCGCCAUUGAUGUUUCCUGAUCGCCCCCGCCGGGUGUGAACGAUUCGUCAGACGUGUAAUCAUGUCCUGAUGGAAUGCGUUUGGGACGGUGUGGAAUCCACCUAACUAGCUGAGUAAGCAAGUAUUAGCUCACACUGGCCAUCUUGGUCUUCCAUCGUUCUUGCUUCGUGGUGUGAGGUGAGCCAAGUCGAGGAGAACGAAGGUUACCGAGGACGAGGGGGCUUGGCUGGCUAUCCUCGACCCUGUUGUAGAUCAGCUAUGUCCACCUUGCCGCCCCUUGGUGGAUCAAACGGUGCAACGGUGAGCAAAACAGGCCUGGAAAUCAGCACAACUAAUGGCAGUAGACGACCUCGCACCGGUCGUCAGAGGACCGCACAGGGUAUGAAGAAUAGCGUUGGAAACUCGCGAGAGCUCUUUGACAGCCUGCAGCGCAGCAGGCAAGUCGAAUCUGAGCUGCGAGCACAGAUACAGAAGCUACGGGAAGAGUCACGCACGCUGCGUACCAGACUGGAUGACUUGCGUAAGGCCAAGAUGCAGACCAUUGUCAAGCGAGAGCAGGUCGAGGACGACGGGCAACGACGAGAAGGAGCUUGCAAGUGCGAGACCCUGGUGGAAGAUAUGAGGAGGAAGCUACGAAACAGGGAGGAAGAAUGGUGCAGGAGAACUGAGGAUAUGGAGCGACUUCACCAAGAGGAAGUGAGUUCUGUCCGGUUGGAGGCCAGACGAGCAAGACCAAAGACUGCAAGUCGGGAGCUGCUUGAGGUGGCACAGGCCGAGGUUACCCGUCUCCGCGGCAUCGUGGCCGACCUCCAAGCCAAGCUCCGCUGCCAGCCCAAACCUGCGGACGAACCCUUUACCAGCAUGAAGAAUGAAGUCGCACGUCGCCUCAAUGAUCUAGCGGGGCAAGUGCAACAGGAAGAGAAGAAGUUCAAGGAACGUGAAAUUCUGCUUCGAGAGGAGUUGGAGGCUCGGUGCAAAGCAUCACACCAGCUAUGGAUGGCGGAUGCAAAGGAAGCACUGACAAUGCUGUCCAGAGAGAACAAGGAGCUAAAACAGUGUGUUGAAAAGCAACGCAAGCAGCUGGGCCAGCUUGGUGUUCUCAUUGUUGUCCACGAACAGUCUGAAGGCUAGAACAGCAGCCCACAAGGACAAGACAUGAACUGGUAGUGCUGCCUGACAAGAUUUCUGGGAAAUCCUUUCGCAAGCUCACAAGGACAAUCCGACUGGAAGGUAACACUACUCCUUCGACGACUGGCUUACCGAACAUGCAUAGCACAUUCACAUUCUCAUAAUUAACUUAUAUUCUCAUAUUAUUGCACUUGAUCCAGCUAUAGAUUCUGCGCAUAUAUACCGCCGCCGCAAAAGCCAUCCACUAGAUAUUUAUUUAUUUCAUGGCUUCUCGACUUGAAUACUAUUAGCAAGAUACUAAUUCAUGUCUAGUUAAGGAGGCUCCAACCUUCUGCGCUGCGCAGCCGGUCUGGCGCUCUGUUUUUUGCAGGCAAAAGUCUUGUUUUUGCCGAUAAGUGCGAAAAGUUGGGAAAUUCCCAUCUCAACUUACUAAAAUUUGAACUCCGCGAUCGACAGUCUUAUCAGAGAAUAUUGUUUCAUUCUUCA